GCGUCAGUAGUAGGCAAGCAAUGUCAUUUGACACACGACAGUAUUUUUAAAAAGCAACCAAGUGAAAUCGUGCUAUUGUUUUCAAACGAGAAACACCAGACAAAGUGAUAGAGAAUUCUUAACUUUUUAAUUACUUAAAUAUUCUUAAUUUUUUAAAUCUUUACUUAAAUAUUUGUUGUUUUUCCCGAAUAAAUUGAGGCGAAUCGAAUGUAUACUGUUUCGGUUGUGGGUGUACACGAUUAGACAAAGAUAUUAUUUUUGUGUUGUCUUUCGAGCGGUGUGGUGUUGUGACUUGUGAUGAUGCGUUGUUGAUGUGCUUUUAAUAACUUUUUUUAUUUUAUUUCUUGAACGUCAUGUACCAUUGUGUUUUGAAAUUAAACUAAUUAUACAAAUUGGUUUUGUGAUUUUAACUGCAUAAACAGUAACACUUAGAAGCUCAGAAUGUAUGAAUGUUUCCUCGAGAUAGCGUAUGAAGCAGAAUUAAACACUAAAGAGGAUCCGGAGCUUCUGGCUGCGGCAUCUGAAAUAUGCAACGAAAAUCCAGCUACCAGGGCGACAGCUAUCACGGAGUUAAGAAAAAUGAUAUUUGAACGCGGGCAAUGUAAGCCGCAUCGGACAGAUGACGCAUUUCUCUUGAGAUAUCUACGAGCAAGGAACUUUAUAGUCCCGCGAGCGCAUAAACUUCUAGUCCGAUAUUGUUCCUUCCGGGAAGAGAACGAGCAUCUUUACAAGGGUGUGGAUUUGUGGAGCCUUAUGAAGGUUAACGACGCCUACGAAGGUAUCAUGUUCGACAGACCCGAUGUUGGGAGGCUAUCUAUAUUCAGAUUUGGAACAUGGGACCCGAGUGAAUUUCCAGUCGAAGAUUUAGUCCGAGCAGGGAUGGCGAUGACUGAAAUAGGGAUACGUCAGCCAAAGCUCCAAGUUCUUGGAGGAUCAGUCAUAGUUGACAUGGAAGGGUUGACGCUACGGCAUAUUUCGACGCUCACACCUACAGUCGCGUAUCAGAUUGUUUCCUUGAUGGGGGUAUCAAUGCCAGCCCGUAUGAAAACCUGUCAUAUAAUCAAUUACUCCUGGUUACUAAAUACAUUCUUCUACCUCUUUAAGAAGUUUAUACCUCAGCAGGCGUGGGAUAAAAUAUUCUUUCAUGGCAGUGAUCUAAAGUCUCUACAUCAGCACAUCGAUCCUGAGUGCCUCCCCCCAAGAUAUGGGGGAACUUGCAGAAACCACGGAUCAUUUAGAAAAUGGUUACAGAAGAUUAAGCAGUACCGCGAUGAACAGUUUGAUAGAGAAAUGAAAGCAUUGGGUUACGAUGUCAAGGAAUAAACUUCGUGAGGAUCCGUAGGUACUAUCCAAAAGAUUCUCUUAGGACAAUUUGGCCUUGCAUGGCCGAUUUCUAUUUCUUAAUGUGAUAUAUUUGAAGGGAGUUAAUGAUUCGAUGCGGCAGAUGAUUUUUUUUAAUGUUUAAUAAAACUAAGCUGUGAUCGUAAUUUAAGUAGUACGCAUUAUAUUUUAGAUACUAUUGCGUGGUGUUUGUGGUCCCAAUUUGUACUUGUGAUUUUUUACUGGAUUAGAAUAAAUUUAUUUUUAUACAAUA